AUGCACAAAGCUUGCACCAAUCUAUUCGCACCUUGCAAAAGCAAACCAAUUUCAACACUGCUCCGAACCAACUCUUCUCUGAAGAUUCAUCCUUCUUUGAAUAAUAUUUGUAACUUUGUAUCUGUUCAUAACCAAAGAGAGUUUUCAACAAAAUUAAGUCUUAUUCGGAACUCGAACGGCCGAGAUGAUGAUGCUUAUAAUUAUCAAACGCAGCCUGGACAACCAAAAUCUGCUGCCGGUUUAGAACAAUUUAAUUUGAUACAAUAUGAUCCAAACGUUGUGUUCAUUUCAGGAUAUGGUCAGCGUUCGUUCUUUUUAGGUAACACCCGAAUUUUUGGAAGUAUUUUCGCAACCACUAAACAAGUCUUUCUGUGGGAUGUGUCUUAUCCGCACGAUAUCACCAUUGAGAGCUUGGCAUUGGCUGAAUAUUUAAAUCCAACUCCAACGAUGUUGUUGGUGGGAACUGGACACAGCAUGGUCCGAUUGCCUCAAGAACUUCAUGAACAUUUUAGAAGAAAUGGUGUAGUCAUUGAGGAAAUGCCAAGUGUGAAUGCAGUGGGUACAUUCAAUGUGCUGAAUCAGGAGGGAAGAGAUGUUUGCUUAGCCUGUUUGUCGUUAGAACCAGUGAAUGUUAAAGAUUUGACGCCUUCCAAGGCACCAACUUUAUUUAUUGAGAUUAAGGAUGCAAUUUCUAGGCAUCCAAGUAACAUAAUGUAA